GCGAGCAUGUCUUCUCACCAUCCUCUCUCCGAAUCGCAAACCACGUUCCCUUCCGACAGCGAAAACUAUGACGCGAACCACAGCAACCAAGACUCCUCAGAUGAGCCGCCUUCGGACUCAUCAAGUCCGAUGAUACUGUACUCACCGCCAACCUUCUGGAGCAUAUUACGCGGAGCCGCGAUAAAUCUCCUCUUACCAUUUGUGAACGGAUUAAUGUUGGGAUUUGGAGAGUUAUUUGCGCAUGAGGCGGCAUUUAGACUAGGAUGGAGCAAGACGAAGGUCUUUCCAGCACACAGAUCACACAAAAUUGGGCCUGGUAUCGAAGUGAGAGACGACCCAAUUGAGCAAAGGCGGCGAGACGGCGAGGAAUUGGACAUGUACACCGCGCUUGAAUAA